AUGUGGUUAAUACUGGUGUUUCUGCCAAUCGCUGCUUUCUUGUACUGGCAGUAUUGGAAAUUGACUCACAAACGGCUGUUGGAGCUAGCAGCGAAAAUACCAGGACCACCGGCGUUGCCUAUACUUGGCAAUGCGCUGUUGUUUUCCGGUGACCCAGAAGAGAUGCUACACAACAUGGCAGUAAAGCCGUAUGGAGAAUAUGCAAGGUUUUGGCUUGGACCUGACCUUAAUAUCGCUGUGAAAAACCCGGCAGAUAUCAGGGAUUUACUUACAAGCAACAAAUUAAGCAAGAAGGGCCCCACGUACGAGUUUCUGAAGCCGCUUCUUGGAUAUGGUCUUAUAGUUGGCGGCCCAAACUGGCGCCAACACAGGAAGAUAGCCAUUACAUCUUACAACAAGAAGUGUGUGUCGCAAUUCUCACCGGUCUUUAACAAAGAGGCUGAGCAGAUGGCCAGGGUCAUCAGCAAUAGAGACCCGAAUGUGGCAUUCGAUGUCUAUAAAGACGUCGUGAAAUGCACCACGCAGUGUGUCAAUCAAACUUUGAUGGGAUUGACGAAAGAAGAAUCACUAAACAUUAGCAGACUGGAUGAGUUAGUGGAACAGACGCGAAAUUUGUAUGAAUUUGGCUUCGAAAGGAUGAGAAAAUGGUGGCUUCAGAUCCCUUUCAUAUACUGGCUUUUGGGUUAUCCAAUAAGAUUAAAGUAUUUUACGAAACUGGUCGACGAUUUCGCUAAAGACGUGGUGGAGAAGAGACGGAAAGCCCUGGCUGAGAGUACUCCGAAUGAAGAGACCAUGUGUAUUGUGGACAGAUUCAUAUUGUCCGGGGAGCUGAGUGAAGAGGAAAUCAAGUUGGAGACGUUCACUGCUUUUACCUCUAGUCAAGAACCAACUGCGAAUGUAGCUUCAGGAAUUCUUAUGAUUCUUGCACAUUUACCAGACUGGCAGGACAAAGUGUACAAUGAGAUGUUAGAGGUGUUGGGUCCCAGUGGGCCAGUGGACGCCGAGCAGCUGAAGCAACUCCAUUACCUAGACAUGGUGCUUCUGGAGACGGUGCGCUACUUCCCCGCUGCUGUCCUUAUACAAAGGACGGUUUUAGAGGACGUUAGUAUUGACAAUGGUAGGAUCACCCUCCCGGCCGGCAUCUCCGUUGUGUUUCCAAUUCACGAAUUAAACAACGACCCUCAAUACUGGGAACACCCGAAGAAAAUGAUGCCGGAUCGGUUUCUACCGGAAAACGUGAAACAACGGGACCCUAACGUCUUCGUACCGUUCAGUUUGGGACCUAUGAACUGUUUAGGCCGUAUCUACAGUCCAGCAUUAGUCAAGACGUUAGUGGUGUGGGUGUUAAGAUACGCAUAUCUGGAACCAGCCGGAUCCCUGGAUAAUAUCAAGCUGCACAUUUCCGUAUCCGCGACCAGCGCUGAUGGUUGCCACAUCAGAGCCAGGCCGAGACACAGUUAAAUAAAUGGCAGGACUUGUAAUUAAAUGAUAAGGCUUUGGUUUUUCGUGAUAUUUGAGAUUAGACACAUUUUGGUUAUUGGAAGAAUAGGGUAAUUGACUAAAUAUGACUAAAUAAAAAGAUCGAAUUAAUUUGUCAGUUAGAUUUCUAGGAAAUAUUGAAUGUAUUAGUAGUUUCUUUUCUAUUAAAAUCUGAAGAUAAAACAGACUA